UUGUGAUGAAGAAGAAUUUGUGUCAUUGAUCCAUUAAGAAACGUGCUUUAUAAAAAUACUUAUUAUAUAAUCGUUUGAAUUUGAUGCCGUUGAUCAUGUCGCGAUGUGCUAAAAAUCAAGUUUCGCAUGAAAUAAAAAAAAAACUAACGAACCGAAUAGCACCUUACCUUUCACUUUAACAAAGCCAAACAUAUUUAUGUUGAGAAUAGCAUACAGGUAACAAAUCGCAUACAUUCAACAAUAUAGCUUAGUAUUGUUGGGUUUGUCGAUGUACUAAGCACGUAAAAUGAAUUUUAAUUUUUACUGAACUCGGAACUAAAACAUUCCAGCAAGUUAUAAUAAUUAGUGAGUUUUAAUUGAAAAUUUGUGGUUUUGCAAAUAACGAAAAUUGUUUGUAUUUUACUUCAAUAAACCAAUAUAAUCAACGAACGAUGAUUUAUUGUCUAUCGGCUGACAAUAAAGAGCUUGGAGUGUUCAGACGUGCCCUACCGCAAUUUUUAGCUGUUGGUUGCAAAAAUCUCGUGCUACUCGGGUAUGGUCUUAGUCUGGGCUUUCCGACUAUAAUAAUACCAGCCAUCCAAGGUGGCGAUGCACGUGACAGUAGCAAAGGCGAAUUUCUACUUACAAAAAAUCAAAUCUCAUGGCUAAGUUCAAUAAACUUGCUAUGUGUUCCGCUAGGCUGCUUUUUGUCGGGCAUGUUCACCGAACCAACUGGAAAACGACGUGCGAUGCAGUUGGUGAAUUUGCCAAUGAUUGUAUCGUGGAUGCUGUUUUAUAUGUCGACUAGUGUUACUUACUUGUAUGCGGGAUUGUGCCUGUCUGGCCUCAGUGGUGGUUUAAUGGAGGCACCGGUUUUAACGUACGUUGCAGAGGUUACACAGCCACAAUUUAGAGGCAUGCUUGCAGCGACUGGCACAACAUGCGUCAUUACAGGCAUACUUAUCCAAUUCAUAUUAGGAACAUUUUUUUCAUGGCGUACGGUGGCUUUCAUUUCGGGUUUUUUGCCAUUGUUUACAAUAAUUGCGUUAUGUUUCGUGCCAGAAUCGCCAUAUUGGCUAUUGACUAAAGGAUAUACAGAAGAAGCCAAAACAUCACUUUGCUGGCUUAGAGGUUGGGUGCCGUUUUCUCAAGUUGAAACCGAAUUUAAUGAAAUCCAUGCGGUCUUAGAGGCCAAACGCCAUGAAGCUGAAUCCUAUCGUCAAUUACCUUACUAUAAGCGCUUUGAACCAUUCACAAAACGUGGUUUCAUCGCUCCAUUCAUUCUAGUCUCGACAACAUUUUUUGUCGGCCAUUUCUCUGGAAUCACACCGCUGCAGACAUAUGCUGUUCAGAUUUUCAAUACGUUGAAAGCUCCAAUCGAUAAGUAUUAUGCGACAAUUUUGCUUGGAGGCGCAGAGCUAGUUGGGGCAUUUGGUUGUGUUGUAUUAGUUCAUAUAACUGGAAAACGGUCGUUGGUAUUUUCAUCGCUUAUCGGAACCGGAGUUUGUUUCUUCGCAACAGCGACAUAUGCACAUUUUCUUCAUACCGUACCCGGUGUUUCGGUGGAUAAUGUUGUUGCCAACUAUUCCAGGCAAGACAUGGAUCGAUCCAGCUACAUUAAUGAACGUAACUUAACAGAAGUAUUCAAUAACUUGACAAAUUUUGAAAACUCCAUUCUGGUUGAAACAACAACUGAUUUUAUGAGCACAACCGAAGCCUUUCAAUCGUCAACAAUUCGUCCAAAACGAAUGAACGUACUGAAUUCCACGGAAGGAAAUAAAAUAAAUACAAUGAAUGACAUUAUUUUAACAAUUCCAAAUGCCGAAGAAAAUAAAUACUUAUGGGUGCCGUUGACGCUACUCAUUACCGGUGCUGUUCUCAGUCACUUAGGAAUUCGUGUGAUACCAUGGAUGUUGAUUGGUGAAGUUUAUCCAGUCAAUGUUCGUAGCGCCUCGUCUGGGCUUUCAGGUGGUAUUGGCUAUAUCUUUGCAUUCCUAUCGAAUAAGUUAUUUUUACAAAUGGUGUCUACUCUAACUCUGUCCGGAACGUUUUGGUUUUAUUCGGCUGUCGCUUUUAUUGGAUGCAUCAUCCUCUACUUUACACUACCAGAAACAGAAAAUCGAUCUCUUUUAGAAAUCGAAGAACACUUUUUAGGCAAAAAAUCACUGUCCGAUAAAAAGUCAACAAACGGCGAAUACCAAAAUAGAAUGAUUAACACUAACAGAAUGAAUGGCGUUGAUGUAGUAACAGUUGCACCACCAACGAUAAACAAAACGCAACCGUCGCAAAUGAAUGGUAGUGAUAAUGAAAAUAGCAAUGAGCUUCGGCUUAGUGUUCCAGAAAUACGGAUUUCAUCAGAAAGGCAACCCGGUGUCGGUUCAAAGAGAUACAAACAUCGAGUUAGCGAUACAAUUCGCUCAAGAAAUUCAAUAGCCUCAAAUGAUGAUGUGCAAGACACACGAUUGUAACUUUAACACAAGAAAGAAAAACACUUUAAUUUUACGACUGUAAAAUGGAUUUUUUAGAGUAUUUUGGAAUUUUACCGAAAUUUGAGUGCUAUAUAGAAGAAUCGUGCAAAUUAGUUUUAAGAGAUUUGAAUAAAAAUAUACGUGUA